UUCGUAAAAAUAAAAAAAAUAAUCUAAGAUAGGAGGGAUGUGAUCCUGAGACCUUCUUCAGAUUCAUUGUAGCAGGAGAGUUCUUGGUUGGCUUUUCCUCGACGGAGGGAGUAGAUGCAAACAUCGGCACAAGCCGUCACGCAGAUUGCAUCAGAUCUCAGAAGGCGCCGACGAUUCUAGGGUUUUUCCCGCGCCGUCGCGGGUCUCCUCCCCGUCUCAUCCUCCGGCCUCCUCCGCCAGUUGCCGUCCUGAUCCACGCCGCCGGCCUCCUCCGCCCUCGCCGCAUUCUGGGACGAGGAGUCCUCCUCCCCCUGACGCCUAGUAUCCCGCCGCCGGCAGCCGCCCUGCUCCUCUCGCCAGAUCCCGGCCUCCUCCCCUGCAGCAAAGAUGGUUUUAAAGGGGAACUAAGAUUUUGUUCCUGUAGUACCAAUCAUAUUGCCCUGAUGCUAUGAUUGUACGGUUGAAACCAGCACUUCCCCCUGAUAACAUUUAUGUGCUAGAAUGGGUCGGAAGGCUGGUGCGCUGUACAUAAACCCAAAGAAGUUUGGUGGUGGCGCUAAACCCUGCAUGAUUGAGAUGGUGUCCUUCCUCAACUGCUUAGCUUUGAACAAGCAGAAUGAUGACAAGUGUGUCAGGCAGAAGGAUCUCUUGGUUGCUUGUACUCAGGCUCAGAAAGGGAGGCCAAAGAAUGCAACGAAGACCAUCAAUUACCAUCUUCAGCGGCUUGCGCGAGACAAGGGCUUGUAGCUUCCCAACCAUACGGAAUCAUUUCUUCAUCAUGUCUAUUGCCUUGUCCAGUCUGCAAGACUCAAGGCGUUAUUUUCUUCCAAGUAGCCUUGACGAAAUGAGUAGUAGGGAAAUGGCUAGCAUAGAAAUAAUUUUUACAUGCCAGACUGGGAAUAUCAGGACAAUAUCAAUAUGAUUGUCUUAUUAAAUUGUUAUUAUUUAUAAGGCGGUAUACCUCCAUUUUGGUUGAUGUGUU